AUGUCUUUCUUUUGUCUUUUUUAUAUUUUCUUUCUUUCCUUUCUUCUUUCUUUUUGUAUUUAUUUUCUUGUUUUAAUUCUUUUAAUUUUUCUUCAGCAUUCAAUUAUUUUCAAGGCUUUCUUUUCUGUCUCCGUUCUUCUGACAUAUCAGGAAUUUUAUUCACAUUUUUUGAAUUAUUUCCGUUCUAAUCCUUUCUUCCUUUUCGUUCUCUUUUUCUUUUCUCUGCUUUUUCCUUCUUCCUUUUCGUUCUCUUUUUCUUUUCUCUUCUUUUUCCUUCUUCCUUUUUGUUCUUUUUCUUUUCUCUUCUUUUUCGUUCUUCCUUUUCAUUCUCUUUUUCUUUUCUCUUCUUUUUCCUUCUUCCUUUUUGUUCUUUUUCUUUUCUCUACUUUUUCCUUCUUCCUUUUCGUUCUCUUUUUCUUUUCUCUUUUUUUUUCCUUCUUCCUUUUUGUUCUUUUUCUUUUCUCUUCUUUUUCCUUCUUCCUUUUUGUUCUUUUUCUUUUCUCUUCUUUUUCCUUCUUUCUUUUCAUUCUUUUUUAA